UUUAAUGAAUGGUUUCAGUUAAAAGUUAUUACUUCCAUUUAUUACUGCAUUAAAUUAUUUUAUACUCUUGUUAAGUCAUCUAUGUAUACCACACAGUUGAUUUUAAAUUUAGAUUUAUAUUAAUAGUAUUCAAGAAAUUCUUAAGAAUGUUAUAGAAAUUAUUGUAAUUAGAUUUUAUUACAGAUUUAAAAGGUUUGCUAAACGGACAUAUUUAAAUACGAAAAUGUUUUCUCAGCGUUUGCAGUUAAUUUGUGAUGAUGAAGUGGAAAUAAUAAAAAUAACUGAGGAUUUAUAUGAAGAUGCCGUAAAGUUGUUUCUCGAGUAUUUCUUGAAAUAUGAAAAUGUCAGCAUUGCCUGUAAUCUACACGAAUGCCCGGAAGAAAUGAAAAUCUUUAUAAAGGCGACAUUAAAAGAUAACAUCUCAUUUGCGGCCCGAGAUGUAAAAACUCAGAAACUAGUGGCCAUAUGCAUUAAUAAAAUUGUGAAUCCUUCUGCUCAAAUAACUUUAGAUGAGGUUUUUGCCUCUUUCAAAUCUCCCAAUAUGCAGAAAGUGGCUGAAUAUCUCCACACUGUCGAAUGCACUUAUGACAUUUUCAAGGAGUGGCAAAUCGAUUGUGCCUUUGAGUUAAUGUUCAUUACUACACGCACCGAUUAUGCUAAACGUGGCAUUGCUUUCUCUUUGGCUAAAUAUGCGUUGGAAUAUGCUGGCAAACUUAAAGAGAAUGACUGGGAUGAGUCGCAACAAUUGCCCGAACAUAUAAGGGGACAAACGCCUAAAGCUUUAAUAUCAGUUGCCACCUCACGUUAUACGCAAAUUGUGGCAGAGAAGUUGGGUCUUGAAAAUUUAUUUAGCGUGGAAAAUUCAGAAUUUUCGUUUGAGGGCAAAACUUUUGCGGAGAAAAUUGAUCCUAUACAUAAGUAUUCAACAUUUGUGGCUAUUAGAUUGUGAUCAUUUAUUAUUGUUGUAUUCAGUUAUUUAAAGUUGAAAUAAAUUUUUAAAUUUUAGUUCUA